CCGCGUUCAGCGUUUUAAUAUUUAAUUGUCGUCGAUCGCGAGCGGUUGUCAUUGCUCCACUGGAAUAGCAGUGGAAUUGCCAUUUGGACUGCCACGGCUGUACCGUUACCGUUAAUCGUGAAGUGAGCCGGGAAUUCGCCACGAGAACCGAGCCACACCAUACCCGCUUUUUGUUCAGUGCUCUCAAGUUUUUUGUUCAGUGUGCAGUGUGCCCACCCCCAGUGGCCAUGAUUCCCUGGAUUUGCCUGAGUGCGGCCAUCGCGCUGAUCCUGUGCCCGCCGCACAGCUCCGCGCGCAGCUACAGCAACGGCCUGAUCUUCUACGAGCUGCGCACCCAUCGAGCCUACCUCCCGCCCACGGUCAGUGUGUCCAGGGGCCGCAACCUGGCCAGCGUCAAGUACUCCGAGAAGGGCUCCAUCUGGUCCACCUUUGGCCAGCCCUGCGAGUGCAGCGGCCCCACCUGCGGAUGCUGCGCCGGUCUCAAGGUCGAUCAGUACCGAUUCGAUCAGAAAGUGUGCGCCAACGUGAGCUACGUGCCGCAUCUGGAGGAGGCCCAACUGGAGGUCUUCUUGAACGGCAGGCCAUCCUCGAAGUACGGGAUCUCGGUGCGCAAUCCGGCGCCCUUCUGCAUUCCCGUCAUGAUGGGUGUGCCCAUGGCCAUGUGCGUCCAAAUGACCGACGUGAAAGUGGUUGAAAACAACCUUAACAUGUGCAUGGACUUUGUGGUCCGGAUGGCCACCACCGAUCUCUUCGAGAUGCAUUUCCAGUGCAUGCGAAUGGGUCUGGAUGGCCUGCAGUAUGUGGACAAGAAUGGCAAGCCCGUGCUGCCGGUGGGAGAUGGUCAGAGCGACGACCCGGAGGAGUACGAGUACGCCGAGCUGGAGGAUCAGCCGGAAGAGUAUCCCUAUCAAGAGGAUGUCAAGGUGCACGAUCAAUCCCAGAGCAAUCAGCAGAAUGCAACACUGACCACCGCUCAGGUUAAGGAGGAUGAGCAGGAGGAGAAUCAAUCAAUGGGUUAUCCAGCUCUCAUAAAUAACCAAGCACAGAAGAUUGAGCCCCUUUUAAAUCUAGAUGAAUUGAGCCACCUACCCCAGAGAAAUCAAACACUAGGCGAGCCAGCUAAACAGGAUCACUUGGAGAAGGAGGAGAAUGAAGAAAACGAAGAACCAGGCUAUCAAACACUGGGUCAAAUUCAGGUUGAAGACCAAAACGAGGAAAAGCCUGCGGAAAAGGAACCAGAGAUACAGCAGCCUUCUGCUGAAGAUGAGCCAAUGGGCUAUCAGCCGCCGAUGGCAAUGGAUCCCCACAAGGUGCAAGAAGAGGAUCACCAAGGAGAGAAGGAGAAGACUCCUUCGGAGAGCGAAGGAGAUCAUCAGGAGGAGGAAGAACCCGAAGACGUGGAGCCCCUGCCAAUCGAAAGUGAAAUGCUAAUGGCCAGCGAUCAGGCAGAAGAAGCACCUCUCGCAGAAGAGGCCGAAGAAAGGCCAGCUGAAGACGCGAAAGAGACGGCAACAGAGGCGGCGGAGAAGGAGAAGGAGACGGAGAAAGAGAAAGAGACGGGGGCAGACUCGGAGCAAGAGACACCUGACAAUGACAAUGGUUAUGGCGAGAGUGGCCCGAGGCCAAGUCAGGUAAUUGAAACAAUUACCAAUUCAAUAAAAGCCACUGAAGCGCCCACAACAACAACAACAACAACGAGCACGAUAGCGACAACGAAAAUACCAACAACAACGACAAAAAUACCGACAACAGCUACGACAUUUAACAAGCCAAACAUUGUUAUUGAUGACACAAACAAUGCGGAGAAGACAGUGGAAGCAGAGGGUGAGAAGACGGUGGAAGAGCCAGAGGGAGAGGGAGAGGGGGAGACAUCUGAAGAGGGGGAGGCGGAAGACGACGAAGAAGACUCGACAACAGUGGCUGUUGAAAUGGAAAACGAUAGCGAUAAUGAGAUAAACGUGGACGAUGAUGAUGAUGAAGUGGAGAAAAAAAACCGGGUGAAGGAACCCCCAAGCCAGGUGAAGAAGGGGGAGGAGAAACAGGAAGAGGAAGCGGGAGCGGGAGUGGGGGCGGGAGAAAAGGAAGAUGAGGGCGUGCAGAAGGGGGAGAAAGAGCCGGAGAAAGAGGUGAAGGCAAGCCAUGAAGAAAAGGUCAGCCCAAACGACACAGCAGCUGUAUAUAAGCAAGAAGAAGAAGAUGAAGAAGAAGAAGAAGGGGGGGAGGCUGACAAUGAAGAAGGAGAGGAAGACGAAGUCGAUGAAGAAGAGCAGGAAGAAGAGGAAGACGAAGCGGAGGAAGCAGGCGAGGAAGACGCUGCAGAAGAAUCCGCCGAAGCAGCGAAGCCCGAAGAAAGCGCAGUGAAAACUGAUGAAAAUGGCAACGGCUAUGAAAAUGCCUAUGCCAAUGCCAAUGAAAAUGCGAAUGCCAAUGAAAAUGCAUAUGGAAAUGCAAAUGCGACGCCGGCAGCGAAGUCGUUGUCCCGACGCCGCCGCUUGCGCACCCGCCGCCUGCCACGCCCCCUGAGGAAACACCAUUAGGCCCCCUCCUUAACUUAAUUUAUUGUAAUUCGUAAUUCGUAAUUCGUAAUUCGUAAUUCAUAAUUGUUAAUGAAUUGUUAAUGCUAAACGUUGAAGCCUGUUAAUUAAUACGUAUUUAUUGUAUUUAUUAAAAGCAACUCAAAGCCAAACUCAAGCAAAAUAAACGUUAAUUGUAAU